AUGGCGGCACGGGCAGUAUGUCUCUAUCUGCAUAUCUUCCUUCCCUUGCUACUUUUCCUGGGAGUCGUCGAAGGUUCUGAUUUUCAUCAAAAGCUCAGGGGGAAAGAUAAAGCACACAAUGAUGCCUUUCAUUCUGGUCUUCUCAAACAGCUCGCCGACUCGCGAAAAGGUACCACUGGAACCAACGAUACUAUUGCAUCAACACACAAAUCUUUGGAUCUAGAAGUGCCCAAUGCUUUCAUCACGUUCGCGACAGAUGCCGUCGUUGGUUUACAGAUCUACACUGCGGAUACCCUCCCAACGAACCCAGCACCCUCCACUGCGUGUGCAUCCGCAUUGACAGCAACCAUCCCAUAUGACCUCGACCUCGUCUGCACCAAUGACUGCCUUGUUGGCUUGGAGUCAUAUCGUGCUGGGGUCGUUUCUGCAUGCGGAAAUUAUGUGGUAACUGAUUCCAGCAAUAAUCAAUACCCUCCAACACUUGCUCUCGACUAUGUCAGCGGUCCAUACACUGUGCAGUGCCUCAAGGAUCCAGUCAGUGGGGCCUUCUGUGGCCCAAUUAUCAAGUCGUAUAAUACCACAAAUGGCCUUUUGUCACUACCGACAAGCCAACUUUGCACAUAUUGUACACUCGAGACUUUGAACGCUACACUAUCUAAUCCGACAAGUUAUUCCGUCGACUUGGCAGGCCUCUUGACAAGCGCAAUCACCACGUGCGGAGCCAACUUUAACAACUACAAUGUAACGACCGCCCCAAGCGACCAAGUGGUGUUGUCCGUUCCCUUUGGUGUGAAUGCGACGGAUGCACCAACAAUUGAUUGUACGCUCACUGGGAGAAAUAUCACGGCCAGUCAGGCAACGACUUGUGCUGGCGUUGCUGCCCAGUACAGUGUCAGUGAAUACGACGUCUUCUCGUCAAAUCCGUCGUUGAAUGCCGACUGCACAAUCCCUGCAGGCUCUGUGCUGUGCAUCCCCCAGCAAUGUACUACAUAUACCAUUGCAGUCAACGACACAUGCCAGUCGGUCGCCAAGCUGGCAGGCAAAGUACCUGGGACCAACUUUGAUAUCACUGCGUCGCAAAUCCAAUCCUUCAACCCCGACCUUGGGACAUACUGCCAGCUCAUGUCACUUCGCGUUGGGAAAAAGAUUUGUUUGAGUCCUAAUGGAGGGUGGCCAUCCGUGGGGGCAACCACCGAUGGAAACCCAUCUGGCACGCCAACGGCAGUCGCCCCUAUCCCAACGCCAACUGUGAGCGGCACAACCUCUGCCUGUGGUCGAUAUUAUUUGGUGAAAGAUGGUGAUAUCUGCCAAACAGUAUGUUUGGCAAACUCCAUCACUUUCAGUGACUUCCUAAUUCUUAAUCCCGAGGUUGAUGCCAACUGUACCAACUUGUGGCUGGGAUAUAACUAUUGUGUAGCCCCUUAUCCGCCGCUUUCGACUAUUACUGCUGCACCGUUGCCUACCACAAACUAUACCAGUGCGACUAUCUUUAGCUAUCCUGUCCCAACAGCAAAUUAUACCAUAACGUAUACAACUAGUCGUGUCACUGCCGCUGGAGUUGCCGCUCCAACGAACAUCGCUGAUGGAACUCGUCCGGUCGCAUGUGGAGGUUAUUAUGAUAUCCAGGCGGGAGACACUCUGGACUCUGUCACAGCACUAGUUGGUGUAAAUGCUUCUCUCCUUGCGACUUGGAAUCUUGAGCUCGCCAGUGGCUCCUUACCACCUGUUGGAUCCGCUAUUUGCAUAUUGUUCCCAGAGGGGAAUUAUACCCUACCUGUGGCCCCACGCCCGGCAAACGCAUAUGCUAAUGCAAUUACAUCCUGCGCACAAUUCUACACUGUUCAAUCAGGCGAUGGGUGCGGGUCAAUCGAGAGCUCCUUCGCGCUGACGAAUUCACAAUUCGAUCAGUUGAAUCCCGGUUUAACAAGUGACUGUACCAACCUUGUGCUUGGCCUUGCCUACUGCGUUCUUCCAACUGUCCCCUUCUCGCCACCAAGUUCAACUGGACCGCCAGAUAAUGUUGCACCUGGAACCAUCACGGAUGGAUGUACAUCGUACUACACAGUUCAAUCAGGCGAUACUUGCAGCGUCAUGGAAAACAACUUCAACAUUACAUUAACCCAAAUAACCACGUGGAAUCCUGAAAUCAACAGUCAAUGCACCAACAUUCAAUUAGGCCUUGCAUACUGUGUGGCUUCCAGUUCGUCCCCUCCUUCCACCGGGCCUCCUAGCAAUGUGGCACCUGGAACGAUCACAGAUGGGUGCACAACGUAUUACACCGUUGUGUCGGGCGAUUCUUGUUCCGCCAUAGAAAGCAAUUACGACAUCACGUUCACCCAGCUCAUAACGUGGAAUCCUGAAAUUAACAGCCAAUGCACGAACAUCCAAGUAGGCCUAGCAUAUUGCGUCGCGUCCAAUUCGCCACCUUCAUCCGGUGGUCCUCCUAGCAAUGUUGCACCGGGAACAAUCACUACUGGAUGCACAUCAUAUUAUACUGUUGUUUCUGGGGAUACAUGCUCAGCCAUCGAAAGCAGGUUUGGCAUUACCAUGACACAACUCACUGCGUGGAACCCUGAAAUCAAUAGCCAGUGUACCAACAUUCAACUCGGUCUGGCGUACUGUGUCGCAUCAAGUUCUUCAGGCACAUCACCCACAGGCCCUCCAGAAAACCUUGCCAGCGGCUCAUUAAGCAACUGCACAAGCUACCACACUGUCGUUUCAGGAGACAGUUGCGCUGCAAUGGAGUCCACUGCCCAAAUCGCUGCUGCCGAUUUCUUCAGGUGGAACCCGGAGGUUUCGACUGAUUGCUCAAAUAUCCUUGUUGGUGAGGCAUACUGCGUUGGCGGUGGAGGUAAUCCCUGCCAGAAAUUCUAUGUGGUGCAACCUGGCGAUUUCUGCUUUGCCAUUACUCAGAGUCAACAGAUCACUCAGCAGCAGUUGAACGCCUUGAAUCCGUUUUUAGAUUCUAACUGUGAUUUAAGUGUGGGCGAAAGUCUGUGCGUUGGUUAA